GCAAUCGAACUGAUAAGCCCCUUCUCCUAUCCACGUCGUCGAGGCGUACGGGCGUCAUUCGGGCGCCAGAUUCAAAAUUUUGUGCGGGGAAUUUCGUAAUAUGACGGGGCUCACUCCGCCCAUUUGUGUACUUGCUCGGCAGUGCGUACGUCUUCAUCCUGUUUUGUUGCCCUCUUUUUUCCAGGUCGUAAGAGUCAUAUUCAUACUUGCAGAUAUUUGUUACAAUAUACUAACAAAUUAUGCCUCUUGGAGUAAUUCAAACUAACGCUGAAGUUGCUAACAAGGAGAACAAGCAUGAUAUACAAGAAAAACAAAAUAUAACCCAGGAUAUGGAAAAGAUUUCGCUCUCAUCACGGGAACAAGAAGAACCCCUUUUGAAAGAAAAUCCUCAUCGUUUCGUCGUUUUUCCGCUGACUUACCAUGAUAUUUGGGCCUUUUACAAGAAAGCUGUGGCGUCGUUUUGGACCGUAGAAGAGGUGGACUUGGGCAAAGACAUGGCCGACUGGGAGAGAAUGAAUGAUGGAGAACGUUUUUUCAUUUCUCGUGUCUUGGCAUUCUUUGCUGCAUCGGAUGGUAUUGUGAACGAGAACUUGGUGGAACGAUUCUCGCAAGAAGUCCAAGUUCCUGAGGCUCGCUUUUUCUAUGGCUUCCAGAUUGCUAUCGAAAAUAUUCACUCCGAAAUGUACAGUAAACUUAUUGAAACAUAUAUCCGAGAUGAGCAGGAGAGGAGUUCGCUUUUUAAUGCUAUUUUCGAAUUCCCGUGCAUCAAGAAGAAGGCUGACUGGGCUCUGAAAUGGAUUGGAGAUAAGGAAGCAAGUUUCGCGGAACGAGUGAUCGCAUUUGCAGCAGUGGAAGGAAUAUUCUUCUCUGGCUCGUUUGCCGCUAUCUUUUGGUUGAAAAAGCGUGGAUUGAUGCCAGGAUUGACUCACUCUAACGAACUAAUCUCUAGGGAUGAAGGACUUCAUCGCGACUUCGCGUGUCUUAUGUACAAGCACAUCAAAAAUAAAUUAUCGCAAGAGCGUAUACACUACAUCAUCAGAGAGGCGGUUUCUAUAGAACAGGAGUACUUGACUGAAUCUCUUCCUGUGGAUAUGAUUGGGAUGAACUGUAGGCUUAUGUCGCAGUACAUCGAAUACGUUGCGGACCACUUGCUUGUUGAAUUGGGUUGUGAAAAGCUCUACAAGUCGAAAAAUCCUUUUGAUUUUAUGGAGAAUAUUUCGAUUGAUGGGAAGACGAACUUCUUCGAGAAGAAGGUCUCCGAGUAUCAGCGGCCGGGAGUUUUGUCGACAGAGGAAGAGCGUAACUUCCAGCUCGAUGCCGAUUUCUGAAUGUGUCUUAUCAUACCUUCGUACUUUCGGUUCGAGUUUAGGGUGGAUUGUGAGCAUUUUCAUCUGUAACAGAUCUCACAUUUUUUGUAUCAAUCUCAAAUUGUAAGUUUCUCGAUUUAUGUGU